AUGCACCCUCUCAACCCUUUCCUUCGUGCCUUCUUUAGAAGCACCGUUCCCGGACAGUGUGUGCCUGUGGAGAACCAUGUGUUGCUAGUUCCCACAAGUGACUGUCUCGUCGGCCCACGAGACCGCGAGUCCGGGUUGCUCUACUCAGACCUUGUCGCGUCGGAAGAGUUCCUAGGCAGCCAUGUGCUGCGCGUACCUGUCAAUCAAGGUCAUCCAAAUGGCAAGGAAGACUCAAAUAUGCGGGAUAGCAGAGGCAAGGCGAAGCAGGUGACAACUUUCAACGGGAGGACUGUCAUCAUCAAGGAGAAUUCGGUUUACAGCAACAAGGGGUUCAAGUCUCUUACGCAAGCCCAGCUGCUUUCCGAUGCACUCUACUACGCUCCCUCAAGCGAUUCCCGCCCAUGGCUCAUUUACUACAUAUCACGACCUUUGGUUGGAUCCUUCGACCCGGCGAAAGUCAUACCUGCUGCCGUACCGGGCACAAGCAGGAAUAUCAUUGAAAGCCAUGCGGCGGAUAUGAAAAGCUCAAAUGCAGAAUCCGUCACCCCGCCAAAGCAGGAAAUCCGGACCUUUGCAGAGCUACUAGCCAAUUUCCCAAUGAUCGCCAGACAGAUGCAGCCUGGGCUGGAAAGACUGUUCCGAGAGUUUGGCAAGGAGUUGGGGAGGCCAUUGCCUCCGCCACCAUCUCGCUCACCAUCUACAACGCAGAUUGACAGUGGGAGUUCUCUGUCCCGUGUCCGGUCCUCUCAGGACGAGAGCUCCUCCAUCCGCAGCUGGUCAUCUCGCCGAGGACGGCUACCAUUCAAUUCGGAAGAAUACUUCGAGGACGAUGAAGAUCUUAUGCGUCGUAGCCUCGAGACAGCUGUGACAGCCGCAAUAGACUUGUUUCGCCUUGUGGAUAAGCAAUUGCUCUCACUACUAGGAGCAACCACAGAUCUCACGGGGCCCUUGAUAGAGCGUCUGAUUGAGCGAUACGUGGCGGAACAAGUGCAUGAAAAGCUGCUUUUUCCCCGAAUUUGCGCUUUCCGGCAACCGGAGGAUUCGGAGCUGGACUCAAGAAUUCGCCACAUGGAAAGCAUUGACGUGACACAAGUUGGCAUUUCUAUAGACGGCGGCCGUGAUGGCAAACGCGAGGUCAUCUGCCGUGUCAAUCGCGGCGUGGAGGAGUUUCGCAAGAUGAAUGAUUCAAGAAGUCCUCACGAAAUGUUGAAUACGUUGCUGGAAACUGUCAAAGUGAUCUCUUAUCCUGGCAGUUAUGACAAUGUCGACGGACCGGCGUUGGAGAAGGGCCGGUCGCCACUUACAAUUAAUGCUGAUGUGCUUGUCUCGUUGCUGUUGAUUGUUGUCAUUCGAUCUCAAAUCCGCCACCUCCAAGCAAGGCUGCUUUACAUGCAACAUUUCAUUUACAUCGACGAUGUUGACAGCGGGGAGAUGGGCUAUGCAUUGAGCACGUUCGAAGCAGUGCUCAUGUACCUUGUCACUGACUCUGCUGGUUUACGCCGUGCAAGUCAAAGAAACAGAAAACUAUGGCAAGCGACCAAAGCCGGCCGAAUCGCAGACAUGCGAAGCAUCCUCGAGCCCAACGAAGAUCAUCAGGCGACUGACGAAUCCACACCCUGUGUUCCAGAGCGAAAAGCUGUCCUUUUCAAAACAGAGGCGUCAUCUGAGUUGGAAGAGUCAUCACUUGAGCCUACAUCUAUGUACAGCAGCUCGGUCUUCACAAAUGGUCAUUCAGGCCCUGACGAUGCAGUUGAACCAGACGAGCCUCCUCUUGCGCAUGUGUUUCCCUUCCAGAAAUGGAGUGACAUAGCGGCGGCUCAAGAGGAUCAACGGCCUAUCAAACGGGUUUCUAUGAAUGUUCGUAGUAUGUCCAUGUCUUCGUGCGUGUCUUUCGUCUCCAGGACCCCCACUAUUGGAUCGAUGGCGAGCAAUAUUGAGGGGGAUUCCUCAUUAGAGACAUUGACCAAAACACAAGAUCCAGCAGGCGAUUCAAUACCUAUGAUGGCUGUAGAGAGUCGUCAGAUUGAGUCUCUGAAAUACCUCCUAAGCCUCGAAGAAUUCUAUCCCCUUGAGGAUAUCUUAGAAGACACUAACGCGAAUGGCACCACCCUUCUCAGCGCAGCCGUGCAGCUGGCUCAUCCCGAGAUCGUUGAGGUAUUGCUCGAUUUUCUAUCCCGCAGGUCAGACAGUCGGGUAGUGGCGCGGUAUCUCACCAAGUCCGAUAUACAUGGUCGAACAGUAGGCCAUUACUUGUUCAGCACCCCAUCUCUGCUGAGUCGGCUGGGAAGUAUGGUCCCUUGGCGACAACGUGACAAACACGGACAGACUCCGCUUUUUGCACUCUGUCGGUCCUAUGAUCAUGCGCAAUAUAAAGGGAUGGUUCUAGAGGCUUUGACAGCAGCCCAGAAAGCCCAAGGUAAUACGAUGCCGCUGCAGCUCGACGAUCAUGUGGAUGCGAAAGGAAAUACUCUUUUGCAUAUUGUGGGCGAUCCCGAUAUCACGACGAGGCUUCUUAAAGAGAGUGACUGUGAUCCAAAUGCCACAAACGACAAAAGAUUCACGCCGUUGAUGAUGGCUAGCAAGUACGGAAGGGUUGAUCAAGUUCGGGUCUUGUUUUUGGACCCGAGAGUCGACGUGCAUGUCAAAGAAGCUCGGGGAUUGACUGCAGUCGAGCUCGCCAAAGAUGAUGAUGUACGGAAUCGUAUCGACGACCUCAUUUUGCUCUCUCAACCACCUUCAGCGGUUGGCGAUCCCUCUGGGCGUGUCACUACCGUUGUUCGAUCUUUCUUUGUUGAAGACGCAACCGUGCGCUUCAUCCUCAAAUCUGGCGCUCCUUACUCUGCCUCUGAAAAAGUCGAACAAUCUCACCCUGGCUCAACCACGUACACAGUCACCACGUGUCGACGCAGUUUCAGUGAUUUUGAGAAUUUGGCAAAAUGGCUCGCUAUAGAACACCCUGCGUCCUACGUGCCCUCUCUUUCCGAUUUCCGCAACCCAUUCCAAAUUCACUCGAAGCCGUCCCGUUCGGUUCUACACGAUCUUCAAGAGAAGCUUGAUCGUUUCUUGAAGACUUUACUCAGUCAUCCCACGUUCUCGACCCACGAAAUGCUGUGGGAGUUCUUCUUGGUCCCUGAGCUACAUCCUGAAAUGAUGGCAGAUCGGUCGCGACGCAAGGCAGCCGUCUUGAACGAAACUAUUGCCGACGAGUACUCUCCAAUUACCCUCGAGGGAAUGCGGGAUACAGAACAGUUCGUGUCCCACGCGCAGGACAUGGUACGCGGCAUUCACGUCAACACUCGAAGCUUGCUUCGUCGCGGCCACUCCCUGCACAACAGUAGUUCGGAUCUAGCGGAUGCUGUGAUACUUUGCUCCGGUCUUCUGUCCACACUGAAACAUCCCACGAGCGCGCUCCCCAUCACCCACAUCGAGGCUUUCGCACGCUACGGUACUUGCCUCUCAACUUCGACCUCUGAUUCAUCCCCUCUGCUCCAAUUUAUCGCUGCUCUAACCUCAAUGGAUAACACCACCGCCGCCAUCCUGACCUCCCUCUCCCGCCCACUGACAUUGAUGUCCACAUUGACAGCCACCAAUCGUGGAAUCUCCCGCUCCCGAUCAUCCCUUCUCUCCAGCUCACUACCACGUAAAUUCAACCUCAAUCUCCCCGGCUUUGAAGAAUCAAGGCAAAAGUCUGUUCGGGACCUCGAGCAGAAGAUCCGAGAAGGCGAAUACCAAUCGUCCCGUCUCGCGAAAGAAAUCACCUGGAACAAAGACGUGGUCGUCAGUGAACUUGCUGGUUGGUCCACAUGGCGAGAACAAGUCGGUCGUGAUGCGAUCCGCGCCUUCGUUAAGGACACGUUGAUUCGAGAGAAAGAGCGGGGCAAACGGAUUGAAAGAUGCCUGCGCAUUGUCCGUGAGAUGAAGUCAUCAGACCAUGUCUUUGAGGGGCUGUGA